ACAUGCAUCCUCCUCUGUCCUGUCACGCGCACUACCCACAGCAGCUCUAUAAGAUGCCCCACUGCCCUACAAAUCCAUCACUUGACCGAACUCUCUGUCUCACUCUGUCUCCAUCACAGGACAUUAAGAGGUGCUGAGCUGAAGAAGUCAUGGCCGAUAAAGUUGUCCAGAAUCAACCCAGACCCUUCAUCACGUCCACUAUAUCCAAUCAAUGGACUUCUGGCAUUUGUGAUUGCUUCCAAGACAUUCCCCAGUGUUGCUUUUCCUUUUGGUGUUUUCCUUGCUUCGCCUGUAAGACAGCACACGAAGCUGGGGAGUGUUUAUGUUUACCUCUGCUGGAUGCUUUUGGAAUCAUCCCUCCUAUGACCACAGCCCUCAGGGUGUCUGUACGUCAACGAUAUGGCAUUGAGGGUACAAUUUGCAAUGACUGUGUGUAUGCCUGUUUCUGUGGACCCUGCUCCUGGUGCCAAAUAUCAAGAGAAAUCAAAACAAGAAUGAAUCCCAUAACCUUUGUCAACAUGGCAGCCUGAUGACAAUAAAGAUUACAAUCACAUCAUUGCUGUUAACAUGAACGUCAUCACCAUCAUCAUGGGCUUUGGACUUCUCAUCACCAGCAUUAGUGCCUUCAUGCCAUUUGGAAUAACAGAGCUACUGGACUGAUUUGUUGAUCUGUUUCAAGCACGUCUGCCUCUGAGGAAUGUCACUGAGCAGCUGAUGAACGAACAGCAAAUGAGGGUCCUAAAUGUUGCAUCACUUAACGACAGAAGAAAGAGAUAAGCUGACAUUUGGCCUCUGUAACUAGCAGUCAUGGUUGAUUUUUCAAGUUACACUGUAUUGUUUACUGUCUAUUUUGUUUCUUCUCCUGCCACUUCCAAUAUGCUUAUUUAAGAUGUUCAUUUAGAUAGUUUAUUACUUGGUGUUAUCCUUUAGAAGCAUGUAUGUGGUAUAUUUCUACAGUGGACAUAUCUAAACAGCUAUUGGUUGGAAACACUUUGCAGAAAUUCAUCAUCCCCAGAUGAUGAAUCCAACUGACUUGAGUUAACCUCUGUCAUUCACAUCUUAUUUGUUUUUAAUUGACAUGACUCAGCAUCCACACAAAGAACAAUCACAUCCUCCUCAGGAUCAAUUAUUCUAUCUUCAGUGGCCCUCUGAGCUUUCUUUCAGCCGAUAUGUUAACAGCUUUCCCAUCAGCCUCAGCUAUAGUUUGUGUUUAGCAAGUUAAGGUAAACAUUACCUGCUUAACAUCAGAAUGUCACAUGUUGUGCCUAAAGUAGCUACAGCCUCACAGAACAGCUAAAGCAGUUGUUUUCUUUCUUUAUACUGUCUCAAAAAGAUAAUUAAGAUAACUGUAAUUGUUAGAGGCAGAUACACUGUUGAUGUAUUUGUAAUGAAACAUUCACAUUUUUUUCCCAACACAAUUUUUAUUCACAUUUAAAUCCCGAAUUCUUUUCAUUUUUUUUUUUUUUAUUGCUGGAUUUCUUUUUGAAUCGGUGAUGCGUGGGUGUUUUUCUUGUAAAACAUGCAAUAAAACUCUUAGUACAAGCUCAGUACAACAAACCACA